UUGUAGCUAGCCUUACUGGUGUCCGUAACAAUUCUCCGAAGACUUGACUGAGUUCACAGAAUAUAUAUAAAUAAUAUGUACAAUAGGCAGACUUGCUUACUAGAUUGCUCUUCCUUCCAUCAGCUACAAAGUACCGAUUGUUACCCCCUUCUGCUUCUUCUUCUUCUUUUUUAUUUUGUUGAUCCAAAACAGAUUUGACACUCAUCUGAUGAUGGAUUUACGCUUUGGUGAUAAGUAUCGUCUGAUCAAGAAAAUCGGAGCUGGCUCAUUCGGCGAGGUCUACCUUGGAGUCCACAUCACCGAUGGGGAGGAGGUUGCCGUCAAGCUUGAAGGUGUAGGAGGGAAACAUUCUCAGCUCGGUCAUGAAGCCCAUGUCUACAAAUUUCUGGCCGAUGGGGUCGGCGUUCCAUCUAUGAAAUGGUAUGGCACAGAAAACGAAUACAACGCUAUGGUGAUUGAGUUACUCGGCCCUAGCUUGGAAGACCUGUUCAACUUCUGCAAACGCAAGUUCAGUCUCAAGACGACUUUGCUCCUCGCCGAUCAAUUGCUCUAUCGAAUCGAGCACGUUCACUCCCGCAAUUUCAUCCAUUGUGACCUCAAGCCCGACAAUUUCCUCAUGGGCAUCAACAAGCGUGCAAACCAAGUCAACAUUGUUGAUUUCGGUCUGGCUAAAGCUUAUCGCGACCACGAGUCGUUGAUUCACAUCCCCUACCGAGAGGGCAAGACUCUCACAGGGACUGCCCGAUACGCGUCCAUCAACAACCAUCUGGGCAUCGAACAAUCUUGUCGCGAUGAUAUCGAAUCACUCGCAUAUAUCCUCAUUUACUUCCUCCGAGGGAGCUUGCCAUGGCAAGGACUCGGAGGAUCGACCGUGACGGAAAAGUAUGACCGAAUCAUGGACAGCAAGAUGACUACUCCGACCGAAUCCCUUGGCCGAGGCUUGCCACAAGAAUUCGUGAUUUGUCUCAACUAUUCACGCUCGUUGCAGUUCGGUGACAAGCCUGAUUACGACUAUCUUCGCAGCCUAUUCCGUGCCCUAUUUGUUCGAGAGGGCUAUUCGGACGACUACGUCUUUGAUUGGUCCCUUAAAACCCCCAACGGCGAUCUAUCUUGUGUGCCUACCAGGGAGCAAAUAGCCGCUCAGGAGCACACUGUUCUAGUCGCCGGUCUCACGUGGUCCAUGCAGAGGAUGAAACUCAUCGAUUCUCAUGCUUGGCAUGAAUGGGGGUUUUCCUUGGAGUGGACACCUGCUCCAGAUCACCAUCAUCAUUCCUCAGAGUCAAGGCCGGACCUGGAUUCCCUCCUUGACUAUUGCUAACUGUUGCUAUCCAGUCUCUCUUUGCCAUGACACCAUCAUACCCGCCAUUUGUGAAAGAACAUCAGGCUCUUGAUUAUUUUUGCCAAAGUCUGCUACCAGGAAGGAAGCAUCAAUAUCUUCAUC